AUGGCCUCAAUGACCAUACUACCCUUCUUGCUCUUCCUUUCAUUGAUCACUUUUUCAUUAGCAUUAGACAUACCAAGUGGUCGUAGUAACGAUGAAGUUAUGACCAUGUACGAGGAAUGGUUGGUAAAACACCAAAAAGUGUAUAAUGGAUUAGGAGAGAAAGACCAAAGAUUUCAAAUAUUUAAGGAUAAUUUAAAUUUCAUUGAUGAGCACAAUGCUCAAAAUUAUACUUAUACAGUUGGGUUGAACAAGUUUGCAGAUAUAACUAAUGAAGAAUAUUGUUACAUGUAUUUGAAGAUGAGGAGUGAUGCUAAACGUAGGAUCAUGAAAAAUAAGAUCACUGGUCACAGAUACACUUAUAACUCAGGUGAUCGGUUGCCUGUGCAUGUUGAUUGGAGGUUGAAAGGUGUUGUUAAUCACAUCAAAGAUCAAGGAAGUUGUGGAAGUUGUUGGGCAUUCUCAACAGUAGCCACAGUGGAAGCUAUAAACAAGAUUGUCACGGGGAAACUUGUGUCUUUAUCAGAACAAGAGCUUGUAGAUUGUGACAGAGCUUUCAAUGAAGGGUGCAAUGGUGGUCUCAUGGAUUAUGCCUUUGAGUUCAUAAUUGGAAAUGGUGGCAUAGACACUGACCAACACUAUCCAUACAAGGGAUUUGAGGGUAGAUGUGAUCCAACAAGGAAAAAUGCCAAGAUAGUAAGCAUUGAUGGAUACGAGGAUGUUCCAUCAAAUAAUGAAAAUGCAUUAAAGAAAGCUGUGGCUCAUCAACCUGUUAGCGUUGCUAUUGAGGCUUCUGGAAGGGCUUUGCAACUCUAUCAAUCUGGUGUAUUUACUGGUAAAUGUGGGACAAGCUUAGAUCAUGCUGUGGUAGUUGUUGGAUAUGGUUCUGAAAAUGGUGUAGAUUAUUGGUUGGUGAGGAACUCAUGGGGCACUAACUGGGGUGAAGAUGGUUACUUCAAGAUGGAGCGUAAUGUGAAAAGAACUUAUACAGGAAAGUGUGGAAUUGCAAUUGAAGCCUCAUACCCAGUGAAGUAUGGUCGAAACUCUGCAAUCACUGAAUCAGCUUAUGAAAAAGUUGAAGUGCUUGUUAGCAGUACUUGA